AAGGUACCUUGAAGAGAAGUGUGUAUAGUCUGAAUUGUUAAGGACACAAUUGUCCAGUAGUUUGAAUCUUGGGGAGGCGAAAGAGUGGUAGGCCUCCCCGAGUGUUGGCCUGGCUGGUUUCACUGCGUGAGUGCCUGAGUCUGGGCAGAAUUUGGAAUGGCUGGGGGGAAGGCUGGGAAGGAUUCGGGCAAGGCCAAGACAAAGGGUGUUUCCCGCUCGCAGAGGGCCGGCCUACAGUUCCCUGUGGGCCGCAUCCACCGCCUCCUGAAGUCCAGGACCACUAGCCACGGGCGUGUGGGUGCCACGGCUGCCGUGUACAGCGCAGCCAUCCUGGAGUACCUCACAGCAGAGGUGCUUGAACUGGCAGGAAAUGCAUCCAAAGACCUGAAGGUGAAGCGCAUUACCCCUCGCCACUUGCAACUUGCCAUUCGUGGAGAUGAAGAACUGGACUCACUCAUCAAGGCUACAAUUGCUGGUGGUGGGGUCAUCCCACAUAUCCAUAAGUCUCUGAUUGGGAAGAAAGGACAACAAAAGACUGUGUGAAGGACACCUGGAUCCCUUAUUAUCCAGGACGCUAAGUACUCUCAACGACUGUCCAGUGUUGGUGAUUCCAGUGGUUCUGUAUCUCUGUGAAAUAUACAAUUUUGUGUUUCUGUAAUUCUAUGUGAGCAAGUUGGAAGUUCAGUUAGCUUUCUACCCAGUCAAUUUCUGUAUUGGAGUCUUAACUAUAUUUAAAUGUUACUGUGGCUUCAAAGAAAGUGUUGAUUCUGAAGUCGUGGGUUUUGAUUGACUGUUUUUAAAACUUUGGACUUUGUGAUGCUGAAGUUAUAAUAACAAACAUUUGGUUUUGUACAGGCAUUAUUUCUACCCUGGUGGAUAAGUUCAAUAAAGCUCAUUUUCCCCUCCCCCAACCAAAAAAAUAAAAUAAAAUUGUUGGACUGAAAA